AUGGCAGAAUCCAGGCGUGAGGAGGAGGAGGAGAAGGAAGGGGAGCGCACAAGCCAGGCAUCGGAUGGUGCUGAAAGAACCAAGAACCAAGAACAUUUGCAUUCCAGUUCGGGGCCUCUUUCCUCAAUACGAGCUGCUAUCAAACGAACGAGAACAAACUCUCAGAGCAACAACAGAGACAGGAGGCGACCACAGAUCACCUUUGUAGCAGCAGAGCCUCUGACAAGUAACACCUGGUUCACAGGAUCCUCAGUGGUUUCCCCUCCUCCUCAGCCAGGCUCUGUGUCCCCAGUGAUCAAAGAGAAGACUGGGGAGGAACACGCCGUAAAGCCCACUGCAGCCCCCCGCCGGAGCAGCUGCACAGCCACAAGCGCCACACAGACUCAUCCUGCCGCUGCCGUCACACAGCGUGGUGACACUCCUCCGUUGGCUGAGAAAAGACCUGCUGGUACAAAGCCACAAAAGCCACCCAGGCCCUCGCUGCCGAAACAAGCAGACAGAGAAGGAGCAGAGAAGGUUGUGACAAAUACUGCAGCACUCACGAACGCUGAGGACCAAAGUGAUCCUGACUCUGGUGGAAAGCAACUUCAACAGCAAGACUCCACGCACACGUGCACCCGAUCUGUAACUGUCCACUGGAACAUUCCCGUAAACCAUCCUUCUGUUGCCCCUGAACCUGGUGACGCCACUCUUUCACCUUCAAACUCCAAUCGCAGCCAACGUCCCGUUCCACGCCCUCGCACGAAAUCCCUUAAGCAAGCAACCGAAGAGGAGGCCAAAGUUCAGACUUUGGUCGAAAUCAGUGAAAGUUUUGAGGAUAUUCAAUCUGAUAACCAGGAGUUCCACUCAAAUAAGUAUUUAAAGGAGUUGUUGGAGGUUUUCGGUGCAGAUAACGAGUGCGAGCAGGGCGGUGGCAUCACUGAUCAAGCCGACAAAUCCUCGCAAAGUGAAGAUGCUCCUGACGAGAUGAGCGGCAGCAACAAUCAACGUAGCAUCCGGGCCAAGAUCCAGGCCUUUGAGAGCCAGGCUACCGGCGAGGACGGAAAUGGGAAUGAAUCUAGCAAACCGCAGCUUCCUGCCAGGAAGCCAUCCAUUAGGCCUCCAGUUGCUGCUAAACCUUUUGUAGCUCUCAAACCUCCGUUUACCCCGAGUAUAGACAAUGACAGUCAAAACAUAUCGGGGGCAAACAUCUUUAAAAACGCUACGACAGCCCCCAGACCUCAGCCUCCUGAGAAACCCGCAGGUCGAUCAAUAAGGGAGGAGCUGGAGGCUUUACACAGCAAGGGUGCCAUGUCACAAAUAUCACGCCCUUCGCUGACCAGAAUCAGUCAGGUGUAUGAGGAAGAAUCUUCAUCUUUUCCACCUGAACCUUCACCUUUUCCACCUAAACCUCCAGUGAAGGAACCACUCAAACCCAAUCUGAAUAUAAACAACCACAACUCAGCCUCCGUGGUCAGAGAGAAUGAGUGUGUGGAGACUCCAAUAAAUCUGAUGCCAUUUAAACCACCGCGUAACUCUAACGUCAAUGGGGGCUCCGUCACCGUGCCAAGCCUGCCGAAACGACCAACCACCAUCAGGGUCCCCAGCAAAACCAGUUCAGAUUCCUCCUGGGAUGAUCCUCCUCCUCUUCCAAUUCAGAACCCUGUGGGCUCACUAAACAACUCAAUGAACCACAAAAAAAGCCUGCAGUCCAGCUUGUCCCUCCAGGAGCCUUUCAGUGCUAUGCCAAUGCCAUCUCUGCCGCCUCGGAAGCCAAGUGUGAACAAAAGCCUCCCACCUCGCCCACCUGCAGCCAAAAUAGCCCCGGGAAGGCCUCCCCAAAGCUUCAAAGCCACAGGUCGCUCUCAGUCACUGUCAUGGGACACGUCACCUAAACUCCAGCCAGAGAAGCCCCACAGGAAAGAACUCGUCUUACCCCCAAGGCCCAAUCCAGGCCACCGCCUCUACAACAAAUACACUUUGCAGCUUCCCCAUGGGAUUGCAAGCUUCGACUACAAAGGGAGUAAUUCAAGAGAGCUGUCAUUCCAGAAAAACGAAGUGCUGCUGCUGCUUAGAGAAAUUAAUCACAAUGAAUUGGAGUGCCAAGUUGGACAAAAUAGAGGAAAAGUCCACAGGUCCCGCAUGAAGAUUAUAACUCCCCUUUCCUCGGAUGAAUCUUCACCACAGGGUGCUGACCAAACUGGGCUAAAGGUGCAGGUCGUACAUGACUUCGAUCCAGAGGGCCCCGGAGAGCUGAGUCUGAGAGCGGGAGAUAUCGUGACCAUGGUGGAGAAGGUGGACAGCGAGUGGUACAGAGGCACCUGUAGGGGAUCUACUGGUUUCUUUCCCAUCAAUCAUGUCAAAGUCCUGUUGGAUUCACCAAAACCCCUCCCAGAAAGGAAACCAAAGCCGCCACCAACACCCGCAAAAGUCAGUGGUCCCAGGUGUAUGGCGAGGUUCGACUUUGAAGGGGAGCACAGUGAUGAGCUGUCGUUCUCUGAGGGUGAUGUGAUCCAGCUGAAGGAGUAUAUGGGACAGGACUGGGCACGGGGACAGAUCGGCGUCCACACUGGCAUCUUCCCCCUUAACUUUGUAGACGUCAUUGAAGAUCUGCCUCCACCCCCGAGUCAGAAACCCAGUAAGAAGGUCGCACUGCCUGGGAUGGCUGCUGCUUCUCCCAGCAUACACCCUGAGGCUGCCAAACCUGCUCAGGCGUCUCACUCUGACGUGGAGUGGGUGGUGGCUCUGUAUGAUUAUGCAGGGAGGACAGAGGAAGAGCUGUCCUUUCAACAGGGCGACUGCAUCCUCGUCACCAAGCACAUCGAUGCUGAGUGGAGCUGUGGCAGGCUCAACGGCAGGGAGGGCCUCUUCCCCAGGAAUUAUGUGGAAAGCACCACAGGCCAGCAGCCGUUUAAUAACCAGGAGAAUGGAGCUGCUGGAGGCGGGAGAGCCAGGGCUCUGUACAGCUUCACAUCAACCUGCGAUGAGGAGCUCUCCCUGCGGGUUGGGGAUAUUAUAACCAAUCUCGAGUCCAUAGAUGAUGAAUGGUUUUUGGGGGACCUGAGGGGCAAACGGGCCUUGGUUCCUAAAAACUACGUGCAAGUACUGGAUUAAAGCUACACGGACUGCUGCUCGGUGCAAAGCACAGCUGGAUGACCAAAAGCUCCAAUGACUUAUUCACAGCAGCAGAAGCCUGAACUGAUUUUAAGCUGAAUGCAGUAUUCUAUCUACAAGUAGUACAACUUUAAGUCCACUUGAAAAAUGUUUACUGAAUAAUCAAUAAAAA